ACAGCGUGCAGAUAUAACGGCACUGCUGAAGUUCGUUCCAAAUACAAAUCGAACUGCAUGACAGCACAUUUUGUCGAUUAGUUCCGUUACUGACAUAAUGAGGCUUACAUAUUGCCUUCUCAGAAGUAUUUCUAAAAGGAAUUUACUGAAAUCUGUCAGAGUUCAGGGUAUAAAUUUUGGCUUUGGAGAUGAAAACCAGAGGUUAACAAACUCGAGAAAAUGUGUUAUAGUAGAAUACAGUUCGCCAAAUAUAGCCAAACCAUUUCAUGUUGGACAUUUAAGAUCUACAAUUCUUGGAAACUUUAUAGCAAACUUAUACGAGAGGUUAGGUUGGAAGGUUGUGAGACUGAACUAUCUUGGAGACUGGGGAACACAGUUUGGUUUGUUAGCUGUUGGAUUUCAAAGAUACGGUAAUGAAGAAGAGCUACAGGCAGACCCUUUACAUCACUUGUUUCAGAUAUAUGUUAAAAUCAAUGCUGAUGUUGUUGAUGAGAAAAAGGAAGGCAAAACCAUGACACAUCAGGCGGGUAUGGAUGCAUUCAGAAAAAUGGAACAGGGUGAUCAGGAGCUCCUAAAGAUCUGGCAGAGGUUUAAAGACAUUAGUAUUGCAGAAUAUUCUAAAUUAUAUAAGAAAAAGAAAGAGGAAGAGGCUCAUCAUUCCUCAGACAUUGAAGGAUACAGUAGCCAGGGGAUGUGGUCUCAUCCUGGAUCAUCAGUAGAUUGUACCUGCCAGGUUGCCACUCACCCCAGUCCUGUAUCACAUAGACUUGGUGUGACAUUUACAGAGUACCACUCAGAGUCUAUGUACAAUAAGGAUGCUAUGUCAGUCACUGACAGAUUAAAAGAAACUGGCAUGCUUCAGACUGAUAGUGAAGGGAAAGGUUAUAUUCAGAUUGAAACAGAAAAGGGUAUACCAGACAGGGUAAAUGUGCUAAAGAGUGAUGGAACAACAUUAUACAUUACAAGAGAUAUUGCUGCAAUUUUAGACAGACAGAAGACAUUUAAUUUUGAUAAGAUACAUUAUGUGGUUGAAAAUGCUCAGCAUAUGCAUUUUUGUCAUUUAUGUGGAGUAAUGAAUAGAUUUCCUGGUUGGAAGAAUAGAUUGAAUGAGGAUAUUCACAUCAAAUUUGGUAGAAUUGAAGGAAUAAGUACGAGGAAAGGCAAUGUAGUUUUCUUAAAAGAUGUUUUAGAUGAAGCAACUACGAGGAUUAAAGCAUCUAUUUUAUCAAAGAAAAGCACUAAAAUAGAAGGUGUAGAUAUUGAUGCUGUCGCUGAAGAGCUUGGGAAAAGUGCAAUAAUCAUCCAGGAUCUCGGACAACGAAGAAUAAAGAAUUACAAAUUCAGUUGGGAUAGAAUAAUGUACAGCACAAAACUACAGUACUGCCAUGCAAGGCUUUGCAGUAUAGAGAGAAACAGUGGUUUGAACCUUGAAGAAGAUUUCCACGAUGAUGCAUUGACUACAAAUAACCAAGCAGGAGAAUUAAUAUCCCAUCUGAUUAAGUUUGAAGAUAUUAUUCAAGAAUCAUUUGAUACAUUGGAACCUUACUUCAUUGUACGAUACCUCGACCAGCUCUGUGAUCAUGUUAAUUCAGCAUACAGAACUUGUCAUGUGAAAAAUACAGACCCUUCCGUUGGACAGGCAUACCUUCAGAUGUUUCAUGCAAGCAAGAUAAUUUUAUCAAAUGGGAUGAUAUUACUUGGACUUCAUCCACUUGAAAGAAUGUGAAAAAACAGCACCAAGAAAAAUGGCAAAACAUGUCUCUUUUUAACGUGCCAUACCUAUUUAUCUGUUAAGUACUAUACAAGUAAGAAGGCUAAAUACCUCUCCAUAAAGAAACCUUUCUACUGGUAUAGUUUAUAAGUGAAGCUCACCAGAGCAACAACCUGUGUGCAUCAAAUUUGUUUUAACCACUCUAGGAGGAGUGUGCUCUGGGUUUAAAUUCAUCCAUGUUUAAAAUCCAAAACUUCAGAAUAUCAGAUAUUCAGUUUGCCAAAACAAUGUUUAAUUUAUCCAGAUGAAAGUUUCUUAGCGAUGUUUAGUUGAAAUAGGUACACUCCUGCAAUGUUUUAAUACAUUUUAUACAAGUUCAGCUGUGACAAUGAAAAAGAAAUUAGCAUUAAUAAGUAUGAGCAAAUUACAUCAUAUCUAGGUAUCCAAAUUGUUAAAAUUUUUAUCAAAAUAGGGGGAAGUGGAUGGAAGCUGAAAACUUUGAUAAAAUUUUGAUGUACAUGAUUUACAUUAAUUAUUUGUAACAUAAGUCUUACGAGCAGUUAAAAUAAAUUGCAAAUUAUU